UUCGUCAAAGAGAAAUAAAAAACGGACAACUCACCAGUGAAAUUAAGGCAACAAUAUUUCAUUUGGAUAAAGAAGGGAGAUCAAAAACUGAAAAAUGGAUCCUUGUGAAUGCGCCAAAUCUGGAUCUUGCAACUGCGGUGGAUCCUGCAAGUGCUCCAACUGCGCAUGCACCAGUUGUAAGAAAAGUUGCUGCCCCUGCUGUCCUUCCGGCUGCAGUAAAUGUGCCUCAGGCUGCGUGUGCAAGGGCAAGACCUGCGAUACCAGCUGUUGUCAGUGAGGCCUGGUACAUGACCGUGACAAUGCAGUCAUUCCCUAUGAAUAUGAAAUUGGUUGUACCAUCUUGAACCUAGCUUUAGCAUUUUGUACUUCGUCUGUUAAAUGUAAAAAAAUAAAUGUCUUCAAACUUA